AUGGCGGGAUCCAGCCAGCGUGGAUACAGCGAGCGCGUCGCGCAUUAUCUUAGAGGUCUCGAUGAGCCCGAUUUGGUUACCGCUACUGGCAUCACACGAAGCUUGGGGCCUUUGGUGCUCGGAUCUGAUGUUACUGAUACGAGUAUCUCAUACACGAAUAGAGGCAAUCCAACACCCUCCGAAAGCAGCGACGUGGCUACCAAUUUGCGCCGUAGUCAUGGGGAGGAGGGCAGCUCUGAUGACCCCAGCGACACUGCUGCAACCUCACUACCAUCUUUCUCUGGUGGAGAGAAUGCAAGAAAACCUUUGUACAAGGUCCUUCGAAACUCACCCCCCAGCAAUGUCGUCCUUCAUCAGUGCGAUGUAACCGAACUGCAUCAUCACAAUCUGGGCUGCGAAUUCCACUACUUAGAUUGCCACUUGGAAUUUCCGAUGGAUCAGCUUGAAGACUGGGUAGCCCAUACUGCAAACCAUUUCUCACCACACGAACCACCCGAAAUGGUUCACUGCAAUUUUUGUCCCGAAGUUUUUCGUCUCGCCGAUACAGACCAGCCGAGAUUCCUGCUUUGGCGAGACCGAAUGCUACACGUGAGGACUCAUCUCCCUUUUCAAGGGUCAUGUUUGUCACACUCCCAGAAGAUCAAGCCUGAUUCGUCUAUAGUGAGAUACCUCGUUUCAAAAGAUUUGCUGUCCAGAAGAGCCGGCGAUAGUUUGCUCCGGAGUAUUUGGACUUGGUCAACAAAGGAUGAAAAUCGUGCGUGGGCAUGGGACUCGAAGAAUUCUUAUGACGAUGAAUUGAGGGCGCAUGAGCAUGACAUUCUAGAUAAGGAGAAGAGAUUCGCUUUGCGAAAACGCCAACGGAACCUCGAUGCUUCAGGAUUGCGGUCUAGAAACAAACGAUCUCUACGCCGAGAGGAUCCACAUACUCGCUCGUAUUACUCAAUUGUGCAAAUACAUCAACCAAAAGGAAUACAGGCUGAGGCUAUAGGCACAACUUCCAACAAUUCGAGAUACCGCCUAUCGCCUUCGCCGACUAGGGAUUUCAACGAGAGUAGAAUAGCGCUAGAACAGAGCAAUACGGCUUACAGCCUCAUUGCCACCUUCACAUACGUAAUGUCGAACUACCCAGGUUCAAUGCGACGUGGGUGUGCCGUAAAAUCAACACUAUCGCGGGAUAGAUUCGACGUCAAAGUUGGGAGGCUGAUAAGAGUCUUCGCUGCUAAAUUGUCAAUGAUUACAGGAGCACGCAGUAAAGGCUACAGAGACUCAACUGCUUGCAAAGUAAUAAAUGAUUUAGCUCAUAGGAUAGCAGUAAACGUGCGGGAAAGAAUGGAGCAAAACAUUUCACUAAUGAGUGCAUCUGUAGGGAAAAGUGUAUUCAGGAACGACAACAGCCUACUAGCAGAUACAAUUUUGGACAAGUCGAUUGCCGACAUUGCUGGCGCCACCAAUCUUAUUGUUCCGAUGCAAAUGCUCUGUGACCUUGUUGAAAGCUUUCACGGCCUGUACUUUGACGGCAGGAAAAAAAUUGCUAAAAUCCGUGAGAUUGUUAAUAGCAAAAAUUUGCGACAACUUGGAGAUGAGGUCUAUGCGGCAGACUUACAAAUGGAUUGGGACAUACCGAAAUUUGUCAACAGUCAGUAUGGCAAGAAACCCAGCCCUGCCAUAGAGUCAUUUAUCACUAUUAGCGGAUCUGCUCUUUAUUGCCAGGCGCUUACCUGCGGCGAUUAUCUAAAGCAGACUUGGGGUGGAGCAGGGGAGAAAGUGUUAUCUAUUUUACAAGCAUCUCUUAAUGAGCCGACUGGCGAAAUAUCAGAACAAUUUACACACUGGGCCAUGACAGUCCGGCAAGGUAGAAGCAAAAUUUCGCUCACCGGCGGUGAAAUCGAUAUCCAAAUUGCUGUCGAAAUCCUUGUGUGGCUAGCAGCGGUUUUCACUAUCAAUCAAACAACAGAAACUUGCUAUUCUGAAGCUUUCAUCAAGGUCUUAGGAAACGGAGAUUUGUCCAUUGACAACUUCCAGGCUCCGUUUGUCAGCGCCGAAAAGCUCUGUUGGCUGCAUCUAUUUGGCAAACCUGUCGUUGCACGAGAGUUUCCUAUUGCUGAGCGAUGCCAUGAGCUUGGAAUCGAAAUUCACAUUCGAAUGGCUUCAGCAUUAAUCAGCGCUGAUCAUGCAGUGGAAUACAACGGAGGAAUUGUAGUCAAGGGCUUCUCGAGCAUUCUGGUGCCGAUUGAAGCGUCUCUUCCUUCUGUUCGGUGGCACUUGAUCAGUAACACAACAGGAAAGCUUCUAAAAUAUAGCGAAGUGGAUCUCAUAUGCCCGCAACGGCUCUCAAUAACAACUUUCAAUCAACAGGACAUUCUCCAAACUAGAGCAUUCAUAGCUUGGAGUGAUAGAGCUGAAUCAUAUCUCGGCACCAACAUGGUCAAGUACGAAACCAUUACCACUUCUGGUGCUGGUCGCCUUGGCAGAGGAGUGGAGAUAACUGGAUUCUCAAUUGGAUUUUCAAACAAUGCAACCGGUGCUUUGAACUUCACAAUUGGAGGACAAGAUCAACCGUCAUACAUGACUACAAGUGGUCGUCUCGAAUUAAUCCUGGACAGUGCCGACGAAAUGUCGAUAUGUUUAUACGACAUUGCUACGAAACGAGCAUGGCUAGUCUCAGCAACCGAAAUUCUCUUGUAUAUGAUACACGUCAAACACCAAAAGAGCCCAUAUGCUAUUAAGAAUAAGCCCGUGCUGAUAGGAUACGCGAUGCCAGGGUGCGAUGGUCAAAGGGAAUGCAGGAAUUCUUUGAUGCGCAUGGCUUCGCUGUGUCUCUUAUCCGACAAGUCGGUUUCCUCUGAGGACUAUUUCGUGAAAAAUUUGGUUACUGACCUUUGGUCACGUCUCUACACUGUUGCAUCCAAGAUGGAGGUCAAAAGUGGAAUGGCCAUCAAAAUGAGUUUGCGACAGAAAUUGAAAGGCUUUGAGAUUUUGGAUAUAGCCAUGAGCAAAAGCAUCGUUCGUCGAAGACAGGUGUCGCUUAAAAAUUCUAAUGGUGGUUGGCCAUCUCUAGUGAAGGUAUCCGAUACUUUGGUUCUAUUCGGAAGCCAUCUGGGUGAUCUCAUCAAGCCUGAUCCAGCACAUACCUUCGUCCAUGCGGGUAUAAGGAGUCUCCCUACAGACUACGACUUCUUAGCCAUGACUGUCCAAAAGCUUUGCCAUGUAUUUGGGCAGCCUGAUAGCGAAGGAAACCUGGCAUUAUACGGCAUAAAUGCCCAUAGGAGCGAAAGACUUAGUCCUAUUUGCAACUGCUUGAAGAGGCUCACUUGCUCUUGUCCACGUCUUUUCAGAAUUAUCACAAAAUCUCAGCUCACGUUGACGUCUCUUCUGCCAGCAGGGCCUCUCAUUGGGACUGGCUGCAUCAUUGUGGGUGUCUUCCCCGGGAUGUUUUCUUCUCAAGGCAAGCACCCACUGGAGCAAGAGUCUUGUCUCCCUGACAGCAAUCAGCUUUCAGUGAUUACAGAAAUGCGUGCGCUAGAAGAUAGUAUAGAUGAGCUGGACAGAUCAAAUGAGGCCUCUGCUAAGGUUGAGAUCGUAGAACGUGAGCGCGAAGCUUACCAAGAUAAUUUUUCCGCUGUAUCCGCUGGCCAGUCCUCAUCGAAAAAGAAAGCAAAUGUUGCCAAGAACCUCCAGCUACCAACAAGAUCGAGCUUCACCGCAGUAGCACAUGAAUCUACGGAUAUUCCUAAAUUCCAGAGAAGUGCAUCCACUUCUCGCGAUUCUGCGAGUAACGGUAGGAAUAAUGUCGAACGACUUGCCACCAGUUCCACCACUCAUGAGGUUGGCAGGUAUCAGAGAGUGCCUGCCCCGGAAAUGAACCCACCCUAUCAUCUACCUCAAAGCGACAGUCCAGCUUACACUGACGAACUACGACGUCUUAGAAGAGAAGCACGUAAUCUACAAGAUAGCCAGCGGAAAUACUAUCAAUGA